AUGCCGUCUAGAACUGACAAUGGAGUUGGUGUCCAGGUGGAGGACACAAAGAUAUGUGUAGUUAUGGUUGGACUCCCAGCUAGGGGCAAAAGCUAUAUUGCACAAAUAGCUCAACGCUACUUGCAAUGGUUGUCCAUACCGGCGCAGACAUUCAACGUCGGCAACUAUCGGCGCAACGAUGCGCCACAACCCACCGCAGACUUCUUUGACACCAACAAUGCCGAGGGCGAGCGGAAGCGCCGUGCAGCAGCAGAGGCUGCUGUAGCUGACAUGCUCGCUUGGUUCCGUACCGGAGGCGUCGUUGCAAUUCUGGAUGCCACCAAUUCUACCAAGGAGCGUCGGAAAUGGGUCAACGACAUUUGCACGCAGCAUGGCAUCGAGGUCCUCUUUGUCGAAAGCAAAUGCGACGACCAAGACAUUAUCAUGGCAAAUAUCCGUGACGUGAAAGCCACCUCCCCAGACUAUCGCGGCCAAGAUCCCGAAGCUGCUGCUCAGGACUUUCUGAACCGGAUCAGCAAUUACGAAAAAAUUUAUAAGACCAUUGACCAAGAUGGCGACGAAGACGAUUACACGUACCUUAAGAUUAUGAACAUUGGAAAGCAAGUCAUCAUCAAUCGCAUUCAAGAUUACCUUCAAAGCCGAAUUGUCUACUAUCUCAUGAACCUACACAUACGUCCUCGCUCUGUCUGGUUGUCUCGUCAUGGCGAGUCCCUGUACAAUCUGGAUGGUAGAAUUGGUGGAGAUACCUUGUUGUCCCCUCGAGGUGAACAAUAUGCGCGGAAACUACCUGAAUUAGUACGAAAAUCUGUCGGGGACGAUCGGCCGUUGACUGUCUGGACGUCAACACUGAAGCGAACAAUUGCUACGUCGCGCUUUCUUCCGCUACACUAUAAUCAGCUGCAAUGGAAAGCCUUGGAUGAACUGGACUCUGGAGUAUGCGACGGACUCACCUACCAGGAAAUCAAGGAUCGGUAUCCUGAGGACUUUGCAGCUCGCGACGAAGAUAAAUACAACUACCGGUAUCGGGGAGGAGAGUCCUAUCGGGACGUGGUUAUUCGUCUAGAGCCAAUCAUUAUGGAAUUGGAGAGAAGCGAAGAUAUUCUCAUCGUGACUCACCAGGCCGUACUGCGAUGCAUUUACGCAUACUUCAUGAAGAAGGACCAGGCCAAGAGCCCGUGGAUGAAUGUCCCGCUGCACACACUCAUCAAGCUGACACCGAGAGCAUAUGGAACCGAAGAGAUCCGGUAUGAAGCGAAUAUCCCCGCGAGCAAGAGCAAGAGCAAGUCCGUGUAUACCGCGGUGACCUGCAUUCAUUUAUCUCGUCGGGAAUUGCAGCAUGGAAAGAAGAUAGCCGCACGCAAAGCGGAAUUGGAUAUGGGCAAUGACGGUAGCAAAAAGGCAAGUCCAGUGAAGAGUGAUGAUGCACUGCGGGUGAUGGAGCUUUAUCAUGGUCAGCCGUCGGAGAGAGAUGUUGCUGAGGAGGAGAUGAAGGACGGAUUGGAGAUGAGUUUGGCUGGUGGACAUGGUGUUCUUCUGACGGCUCGUAUGGAUGAGUUUGUUGAAGGCGAGAGGGAUGUUGCUGGUGUGGAGGAUGACGGCAUCUUGCAUGCCAUGAACCUGAUGGGCAUGUUCAAGAGGGUGAAGCUGUGCCUUUGUCGGAUGCAGAAUCUCCAGCUCUUGAAGACUCUGGUAUAUGAUUGCUGUAGCAGGGUCGGCACCAGCAUCUAA